GAAUUAUUGGAAUUUGGAUUUUGGACAAGUGGACGUAUAAUUAUUUUGCGCUCGGUGCUAGUGGCUACACAUGGAGGACAGUGAAUUGUAAAAUAAACGAAAAACAGUGACUAGUUUCCCUGGAUUUCAUAAUUUGUAAAUGAAAUAUAUUUUUUGAAAUGUUUUCAAAUAUUCCCAGAUCGUUGAUAUGCUGCACAAACGCUAUAGGCCCGAAUCGGGCGCUGGCGUUCGCGCUUACAAAAUGUCCUGUAUUCGUAGACCCACAACUACCUCAAUGUCGGUUUUACCACGAGGUAACCGGCAACAUUAUCUGCCCGAACAUGGUCCGGGGCAUCGACCAUCUCAGAGAUCCUCGCCUUAAUAAGGGUCUUGCAUUUACGUUAGAAGAACGGCAAGCGCUUGGCAUCCACGGCCUAUUGGCCGCCAAGUUCAAAUCGCAAGAGGAACAGCUGGAUAUCUGCAGGAUAUCGGUGGACAGAUACACGGACAAUCUGAACAAAUACCUCUACCUCGUCGAGUUACAGGAUAGAAACGAGAAGUUAUUCUUCCGUUUACUCUCGGAGAACAUAGAGAAAUAUUUGCCAAUAGUAUACACGCCGACUGUCGGCCUGGCAUGCCAGAGAUUUGGCUUAAUCUACAGAAGACCCAGAGGUCUAUUCAUUACUAUUAAUGAUAAGGGACACAUAUUUAAUAUAUUGAAAAAUUGGCCUGAACCUGAUGUUAGAGCGAUUGUGUUCACGGACGGUGAAAGAAUCCUCGGUCUGGGAGACUUGGGCGCGUACGGCAUGGGUAUACCAGUAGGCAAGCUGUCUCUGUACACCGCGCUGGCCGGCAUCAAGCCGCACCAGUGUCUGCCCAUCACGCUGGACGUUGGGACUGAUAACCAGGAUUUACUGGAAGACCCGCUAUACAUCGGCCUACGUCAGAAGCGAGUGCGAGGGAAAGAGUACGACGAAUUCAUUGACGAGUUCAUGGAGGCUUGCGUGCAGAGAUACGGACAGAAUACGUUGUUGCAGUUCGAAGACUUCGCGCUCCUCAACGCUGGUCGUCUGCUAGCCAAGUACCGCAACAAGUACUGCACCUUCAACGACGACAUCCAGGGCACCGCCGCGGUGGCGGUCGCCGGCCUCAUGGCGGCCGUGCGCGUCACCAAGCGGAAACUCAGCGAGAACAUCUACUUCUUCCUCGGCGCGGGCUCCGCAGCCAACGGAAUUGCCAAUCUGACCGUAGCUGCCAUGGUCUCCGAAGGCCUGACUGAGAAGCAGGCACAGGAGCGAGUCUACAUGUUCGACGUGGACGGCCUCCUGUCUACGCGUCGCGAGGGCGGAGUCCCUGAACACGCGAAGGUCUUCGGUAAAGAUAUAGAGCCGGAAAGGGACUUCGAGAAGUGCAUCGCUAAGAUCAAGCCGAGCUGUCUUAUUGGUUGUUCCACCGUCGGCGGCGCGUUCACACCGACGGUUCUCAAACAGAUGGCGAAGAACAUCGAGCGGCCGGUCAUCUUCGCGCUGUCCAACCCCACCAGCAAGGCGGAGUGUACCGCGCAGGACGCUUACGACCUUACUGAGGGUCGCUGCAUAUUCGCGUCCGGCUCGCCGUUCCCGCCGGUGAAAUACAACGGCAAGGAGUUCCACACCGGGCAGGGGAACAACUCGUACAUCUUCCCGGGCGUCGCGCUCGGCGUCAUCGCCACCGCCACACACCACAUCCCCGAGACCAUGUUCCUCACCGCCGCCCGCACGCUGGCCAACUACGUGAGCGCUGACGAUCUCGCCAUCGGGCGCAUUUACCCGUCGCUCGCUGAGGUGAAAGAGGUGUCUGUUGCCAUCGCCAUAGAAGUCGCUAAGAUGGCUUAUGAUGAAGGUUUGGCGUCUGUGUAUCCCGAGCCGAAGGACUUAGCGAAGCACGUCGAGAACCAAAUGUACAGCUACUACUAUGAGAGUUCCAUGCCGGUUGUAUGGGACUGGAAACCCGAGGAAAAGUUCAACGUGAGGCCCAUACAGCCAGUGCCUAAGAACAUCUAAAUUAAUCAUACAAAUUGAUGGCAAAAUGCCCAAAUGCCCGGGCAUUUUGUAUGGAUAAACGCCCAAUAUGACUGGGCUUUUACCCUUCAUACUAAUGCAUACACAUUACACAACCAAACCCUGUCAAACGUAAACUCAAAAUAGCGUAUUUGGCGUCCUAAGUUGCGUCGCAUACUACAUAAAAGAUGAAAAUGUC